CAACGUCAAAAAUUGAAAAAAAAAUAUGAUGGAUGGAUUGGCACAUAUUAGGGCCCAGAAAAACCCAUUUUCACGCAGAAACGAAAGAACUACGGGUCCUGACAUGAUAAUAGUUCUUGAUUUCGGAUCACAAUAUAGCCAUUUAAUUGUUAGAAGACUUAGAGAUUUAAGCGUCUAUUCAGAGCUUUAUCCAUAUAAUCAGAGUGUUAAAGAGCUUAAAAUAGUUCCUAGAGGGGUUAUUUUGUCAGGAUCGCCGUAUUCGGUGUACUCUGAGGAAGCACCCCAUGUGGACCCAGAAAUUUUUGAAUUGGGGGUCCCUGUGCUUGGUAUUUGUUACGGAAUGCAGGAAAUAGCAUGGUGGAAUGGAAGAGGAGUUGUUGGAGCCGAAAAACGGGAGUAUGGACAUGCGAUUUUGAGGGUAUUGGAUAAACCGGGAAAUUUGCUUUUUGAAGGGAUAGAAGGGAGCCAGGAGGUCUGGAUGUCGCAUGGAGAUGCUCUUUCAUGUCUUCCUGAAGGGUUUUUUUCUAUAGCAGAAACAGAGAGUUCAGCUUAUGCGGCAAUUGGACAUAAAAAGAAAGAUAUUUUUGGGUUACAGUUUCAUCCGGAAGUGACGCAUACGAAAUGUGGUAUUGAUAUAUUGAGAAACUUUUCAGUUAAAAUAUGUAAAUGUUCUGAAAAUUGGACGAUUGGAUCUUUUUUGGAGAAGAAGAUUGAGGAAAUUAAACGAUGUGUAGGUGAUGAAGAUCAUGUGAUUGGAGCAGUUAGUGGUGGAUUGGAUUCUUCAGUAGCAGCUAAGAUUAUGAAAGAGGCGAUUGGUGAUCGAUUUCAUGGGAUUUUUGUUGACAAUGGGCUUAUGAGAUUAAAUGAAUGUUCUCAGAUUGUCGAAACUUUAAACAAACAUCUUGGAAUCAAUAUUUCUGUAGUAGAUGCUUCUGAGCAAUUUUUAAGUAAUCUUAAAGGUGUAAAAGAUCCUGAAGAUAAAAGAAAAAUCAUUGGAAAUACGUUUAUUUAUGUAUUUAAGGAUGAAACUAAAAAAAUCAAUUCUAGAAUUGAAAACAAAAUAAAAUUUCUAGUGCAAGGAACUUUAUAUCCAGAUCUUAUUGAAAGUGUUAGUUUUAAAGGACCAAGUCAGGUUAUUAAAACACAUCAUAAUGUUGGCGGUUUGUUAAAAGACAUGCCUUUUGAUUUAAUUGAACCUUUAAGAGAACUUUUUAAAGACGAGGUUCGAGAAUUAGGUAAACUUCUUGGAUUACCUGAUGAUCUCAUUUGGAGGCACCCUUUUCCUGGUCCUGGACUUUCUAUAAGAAUUCUUGGUGAAAUUACUCGUGAACAAUUAGAAAUUCUGCGUCAUGCAGACUUUAUUUUUAUUGAAGAAAUUAAAAAAGCAGAAAUAUAUAGGAAAAUUAGUCAAGCAUUUGUAGCCUUAUUGCCUGUAAAAACUGUAGGUGUAAUGGGAGAUAAACGAACAUAUGAACAAGUUGCUGUUCUUAGAGCAGUCACUACUUCUGAUUUUAUGACUGUCGAUAUUUAUGAUUUUGAUAUCAAGUUUCUUAAAUAUGUUAGUGCAAGAAUAAUCAAUGAAGUUAAAGGAAUAAAUCGUGUCGUUUAUGAUACAUCUACAAAGCCACCUGCUACAAUUGAAUGGGAAUAGAAUAAAUAUUAUGUCCUCAACAACUUUUAUCAUUUA